GCGCCGGCUCCUUUGCUAUAAAAGCACCUGUCCUGCUCAGACAUCAGUCGCAUCUCACUUUCUCUCACACACUCACCCUCACGCACUCCUGAACUUAUCACACACUCUCUCCUGUAUAGGACACCACCGAGAAAGGAAACAUGAGUUACUCCAGCGAUAUCUACAGCAGCAGCUCCUAUCGGAAGAUCUUCGGAGAUGCCCCCCGCUCCGGUCGCGUGGGUCUCGGGGGCAGCAGCAGCAGCAGCCCGUCCCGUCUGCACUCCACUGGGUCCCGCAGCAGCCACCGGACCUAUGGAUCCCCCUCCGCGAUGUCCUCCGCCACCUACCGCAGGACGGCGGGGCCCGGCCGCGUCUUUUCCUCCAUGCCGGACUCCGGGAUGGACCUUACCCAGUCCACCGCGGUCACCAACGAGCUGAAGAUCAUCCGCACCAACGAGAAGGAGCAACUGCAGGGCCUCAACGACCGCUUCGUGUCCUUCAUCGAGAAGGUGCACAACCUGGAGCAGCAGAACAAGGUUCUGGAGGCGGAGGUGACGCUGCUGCGACAGCGCCACAAUGAGCCGUCGCGCCUGCACGAGCUGUACGAGCAGGAGAUCCGCGAGCUGCGGGCGCGGGUCGAGGAGCUGACGCACGAGAAGAGCCAGAUGCACCUGGACUGCGUGCAGAUGAACGACACGCUGGAGCGCGUGCGGGAGAAGCUGGAGGAGGAGAGCCGGCUGCGCGAGGAGGCGGAGGGCGUCCUGAAGGGCUACAGGAAGGACGUGGACGACGCCACCCUGGUGCGUCUGGAGCUGGAGAAGAAAGUUGAGUCGCUGCUGGACGAGAUCGCCUUCCUCAGGAAAGUUCACGAGGAGGAGCUGCAGGAGCUGCAGACCUCUCUGCAGGCCACACAGGUGUCAGUGGAGAUGGACAUGAGUAAGCCAGACCUGGCUGCCGCCCUGAAGGACAUCCGGUCUCAGUAUGAGAACCUGUCGGCCAGGAACCAGGUCCAGGCAGAAGAGUGGUACCACUCCAAGUUUACUACCGUGACCGAGGCAGCCGCCCGCAACCAGGAUGCCAUCAAGCACUCCAAGGAGGAGCUGAGCGAGUACCGCAGGCAGGUGCAGGCCCGCACCCUGGAGAUCGAGUCCCUCAGGGGCCACAACGAGGCCCUGGAGAGGCAGAUUGCGGAGAUGGAUGAUCGCCAUAACAAUGAAAUUGGAGAGAUGCAGGACACCAUUCAGCAGCUGGAGUCCGGUCUGCGCAGCACCAAAGGAGAAAUGUCCCGUCACCUGCGCGAGUACCAGGACCUGCUGAACGUCAAGAUGGCGCUGGACAUUGAGAUCGCUGCCUACAGGAAAUUGCUGGAAGGUGAAGAGUGCCGCCUCAGCUCCGUCAGCGGUGCCAUGGUCCAGUCGGGCUACCCCGGCUUCUCCUACAUGUCCGCCAGAACCUACAACCUGGGAGCCUACAGGAGGUUCGGUGCCAAGCCUGAGGAGGAGGAAGAGGAGGCGGAAGACAAGGAGGAGGAGGAAGAGGAGGGAGAAGAUGGAGAGGAGGAGGGUGAGGAUGAGGCAGAAGAGGGAGAGGAGGGCGAUGACCAGGAGGAAGGUGAGGAAGGGGAAGAGGAGGAGGAAGAAGAGGAGGAGGAGAAGCCAAAGGGGAAGGAUGAGAAGGAGAAGGAGAAGGAGAAGAAGAGCCCCACCGGCAAAAACAGCAAGAGUUAAACUGCUUGUUUCACCAUCUUCAUCAUGGCCAAUGAGACAUCCCACAUCCCACCAAUCAGUUAUAUGGAUCUGGUUACUGUUCACAUCAUCGCUUACACACACACACACACACACAAACACACACACACACACACACACACACACACACACACAAACCUUCUGUGUUGUUGCCUGUUUUCUCUGUAGCUCAGAAGUGAUUAGUUCAGCUGUUCAGGAAACAGAUGUGUGACAGCGAGAGAAGAGUUGAAACCAUCCUCACACUCUGCAGAGGUCACAACCACUUUAGGUCACAGCAGGAGGCGAUCAUCAUGCCACAAAGUUUCAUCAGUUUGAAACGCGGAAUGAUUUUAUUUUUUCCUCACAUGAGCAACAGUAAAUGUGCCAUUAAUGACGAAUAUUCACAGUAAGAGCAAUCAAUACCUAAAGAGUAACAAUGUUGUCACAGCACACGGACAUUAAAGAUAAACGCACAGAAACUCGGAGCAUGUGAAACAGCCGGUCCAACUUUUACGGUGCUAUUUGAUUUUUACAUAUAAAAGUUGGGGAGCAACUGUAGGUGAAGAUUUGAUCACAGAUCAAGUCUCUACCAGCUCAUUCCUGAAUGUUGCCGUCUGAGGGAAUGAAAACGCUUCUAUUUAAACUGCAGCUCAACCCCCACAUGCUACACAGCAUGUGAUUGCUUCUCACUCCCCUCUUUCCUUCCAGUCCAUCAAUCCCCACUUAAUUCCACCCCUCAUCCCACCACGACAAGAUGAAAUGUACCAGUGAACCAUUCAAGCCCUUUCUUCAUCGCAUUGUCUUUAAUUUACUGUAGCAUCACAGCCCUGCAAUAAUGGCAACCAUAAAAACAAGACUGUAUAUACAGUAAGUGUGUCGGAGGAGGAGAGCUGCAGCUUCUCCAAGAGGAAUUGCAUCUAUGAGAAUGAAAAGUAUAGAGUUUAAAUUGCUGCUGAAUAAAUAUAUAUAUAUAUAUAUUUUUGUGAAUAUGAUUUAUCCCCCUUUUGAUUGAUUCAUUUGUCAAUUAAUUUAUCAACCACAUCACCUAUAUUGAUAGUUUAAUACCGAUAAUUAGGCCCAAUAGCUUAUUUACGUUCCCCUACAUGUUCAGAGCAAACCAACUUGUUUUAUUUCUCCUCACACAUAUGUUGGUAUUUUAGCUGAAAAUAGGAAGCAAAGGGAUUGUGAGUCUGGCUGUCGGUGUCAGGCAGCUGAAGGUGACACUGACAGUCCUCAGCCCACACUGCAAGUGGCAGGUGGGCCAGAUGCUCCUGGGGUCAUGGUUAUAUGAUACAGAGUCGCAUAUAAGGGCUAUUUUCACCCUAACUUCUUUCCUCUCUAAGCCCUGUUCUGCCCGGCUUUUCUUUUUUGACAAAUGAAUCAACCAACAGGCAUAAAUGCAUGGCCUGACUCUUGAAGCUUGAAAAUCUUCUGGAUGCGAUAGAUUUUUGCUUGUUGUGUGUUCAAUUUAGAAAAACUUGCCUUAACCAUGACUGAAAGAUAAAAUAAAAACAUGUUAUCACCUGCAUCUCACUUGUUUCUGAGGAGGCUGAGGAGUGCUGACACUUUCCAAAAUGCUAUUCAACUGUGACUGUACGUGCUGCUAUCUCCUGCAGUGAUAUUCCUCUCAAAGCCAAAUAAAAACAUUUAUGA